AUGUCAGUUCAAAAAUUAAAUACGAAAAGAUUUAAAUGGACUUUAGAUUUUUCUUAUAAAAAUAAACAAGAAAGAAGCAUAGAGUUAGCAUCACCACCAGGUUAUACACACGGAGUUGCUCUUGUUCAUAGUACUGAUCAUUCUCGAGAAUCUCAUUCAAAUCAUUUAAUAAUUAAGAAAUCAUGGGAUCUAGCUCUUGGUCCAUUAAAACAAGUACCAAUGAACCUUUUUAUCAUGUAUAUGGCUGGAAAUUCUAUAUCUAUAUUUCCUAUUAUGAUGGUUGGCAUGUUAAUUAUAAGACCAAUUAAAGCUCUAUUUACAUUACAACAAACAUUUAAAGUAAUAGAAGGUACACAUGCUUUUGGUCAAAAAUUUGUAUUCUUCUUAGGCCAGAUAGUAAAUAUAUUUUUAGCACUUUAUAAAUGUCAAUCAAUGGGUUUAUUACCAACGCAUGCAUCUGACUGGCUUGCAUUUGUAGAAUCUCAAACAAGAGUAGAAUAUUCUGGUGGAGGUUUUAAGUACACAUAAUUAAAUAUAUAAAAAAUAAAAUUAUAAUGAAAUAAAUUAUUCUUAAACCUA